CUCUGGUAAACCGUCUGAGCGAAGCAUCAAAUGUGGUUUUCCUGCCGUACUUUUAACAGUCAGCCUGUCGUGCGCGUAUCCUGCUCCGCGCGACACAACUUUUAUUUCCGCUCGUCUGUCAAGCUGUCAAACGCGAGCGAGGGGUUGUGCUCGUGCUGCUCCGUCAUUCAGGAAGUCCAAAGCAACUGACAGCACUUCGCAAAGUCACACCGACGUCUCCAGACUCGGACUAAAUGCGGCUGAAGUGCGUGCGCUUCUCAACCAGGACGCAUUUUAACACAAGGUACAGUAUUAAUUCAGUCAUGAGGGAAGUUGACAAGAUGUCAACUCUGGACUUGAUCUGAGCACAGAAAAGGAAGACCGAUACUAGUCUGACACAUUUCCUACAGGUCUAGCUGGCCAAUGCCGGGGCCGUCGUGGACAUCUGGUGGUGGUAGCAGCAGUGUGUAUGUGAGCGUGGUCCGUGGCGCCUAGCCCAUGUCCAGCCCAUAAUGCCGUCGUCCACACGGAAAGGAGCGCUGAAGGACCCUGAGCUGGCUGACCUUUUCUUUAAAGAUGACCCUGAGGACGUCUUUUGUGACCUGCACGAGAUUGGACAUGGCAGCUUUGGGGCCGUCUACUUUGCACGUAACUCCUACUCCAAUGAGGUGGUGGCCAUCAAAAAGAUGUCCUACAAUGGCAAGCAAACUACUGAAAAGUGGCAGGACAUCAUUAAAGAGGUUAAGUUUUUGGGACAGCUACGACACCCAAACACAAUUGAGUACAAAGGCUGCUACUUGAAGGACAACACUGCCUGGCUGGUGAUGGAGUAUUGCCUAGGCUCUGCAUCAGAUUUACUAGAGGUUCAUAAGAAACCCCUCCAGGAGGUGGAAAUUGCUGCCAUUACCCACGGUGCCUUGCUAGGACUGGCCUACCUGCAUUCCCAUAAUAUGAUUCACAGAGAUGUAAAAGCUGGCAACAUCCUGCUGACUGAGCUGGGUCAGGUCAAACUGGCUGACUUUGGCUCUGCUUCCAUUGCCUCACCUGCCAACUCCUUUGUCGGAACACCUUACUGGAUGGCCCCAGAAGUGAUCCUAGCCAUGGACGAGGGUCAGUAUGAGGGUAAAGUGGACAUCUGGUCCCUUGGGAUCACCUGUAUUGAACUAGCCGAACGUAAACCUCCCUUGUUUAACAUGAACGCCAUGAGUGCCUUAUAUCACAUCGCCCAGAACGAUUCUCCCACGCUGCAGUCCAAUGAGUGGUCUGACCCCUUCCGGAGCUUUGUUGACUACUGCCUACUGAAAAUUCCUCAGGACAGGCCCUCGUCAGGGGAGCUGCUACGACACGAGUUUGUGCGUCGAGAACGUUCGCCGCGGAUUCUCAUUGACCUCAUUCAGAGGACCAAGGAUGCAGUACGUGAGCUGGACAACCUGCAGUACCGAAAGAUGAAGAAGAUCCUCUACCAGGAGAAACACAACGGGCCUAUGGGAGAAAGCCAGGAGGAAGAAGAGGAUAGUGAAGCUGCAAGCUGCAAGAUGAACAGCCUGGGAAGCAACCACUCUAUCCCCAGCACCUCGGUCAGCACGGGCAGCCAGAGCAGCAGCGUAAACAGCAUGCAAGAGGUGCUGGAUGACAGCUGCUCUGACAUGACCAUGAUGCACCCCCAGGACUACGGCAGCACCCUGGACUCCUCCCCGCACACCAAAAAGGACCAUCUUUACAACUGGGAUGAUGGGAUUCAUAGGGACCACAGACCAGAACUAAGGCCAACUUCUUCUGACAAGAGCAGCCAGGCCCAAAACUACAAGAACCAAGGGCGCUUUGCCACCAUAAAGUCAGCCUCGCUGGUGACAAAGCAGAUCCAUGAGCAUGAGCAGGAAAGCGAGCUGCGGGAGCAGAUGUCCGGCUACAAGCGCAUGCGACGGCAGCACCAGAAGCAGCUCAUCGCCCUGGAGAACAAGCUGAAGGCCGAGAUGGACGAGCACCGGCUCAAGCUGCAGAAGGAGGUCGAGACCCAGGCCAACAAUGCCUACAUCGAGCUGGAGAAGCUGGCAAAACGCCACGCGGUGCAAUCUGACAAGGAGAUGAAGACUGCGUUGGUGGAUGAGAAAAAGUUCCAGCAGCAGAUUGUGGCCCAGCAGAAGAAGGAGCUGACCACUUUUCUGGAUAAUCAAAAGAAACAGUACAAACUCUGCAAGGAGAAGAUUAAGGAGGAGAUGAAUGAAGACCACAGCACACCCAAAAAGGAGAAACAGGAGCGUCUUUCCAAGCACAAGGAGAACAUGCAGCAUUCCCAGGCCGAGGAGGAGGCCCAUCUCCUGGCACAGCAAAGGGUUUUCUAUGACCGGAACUGUCGUGCCUUCAAGCGCAAAGUCAUGAUUAAGAGGCAUGACUUGGAGCAGGAGCAGAUCAGAGAGGAGCUGAACAAGAAAAAGACCCAGAAGGAGAUGGAGCACGCCAUGCUGAUCCGCCACGAUGAGACCACGCAGGAACUGGAGCAGCGGCAGCUCAAGACCCUGCAAAAGCUGCGAAUGGACCUGAUCCGGCUGCAGCACCAGACCGAGCUGGAGAACCAAAUCGAGUACAACAACCGGCGCGAGCGCGAACUCCACCGCAAGCACGUGCUGGAGCUCCGGCAGCAGCCCAAAAAUCUGAAAGCCUUGGAGAUGCAGAUCAAGAAGCAGUUCCAGGACACGUGCAAGGUGCAGACCAAGCAGUACAAGGCCCUGCGCCACCACCAGAUGGAAGUCACGCCCAAGGCUGAGCACAAGACGGUGCUGAAGGCGCUGAAGGAUGAGCAGACACGCAAGCUGGCCAUCCUGGCCGAGCAGUACGAGCAGAGCAUCAACGAGAUGAUGGCCUCACAAGCGCUGCGUCUGGACGAGGCCCAGGAAGCCGAGUGCCAGGCCCUGAGGCAGCAGCUGCAGCAGGAGAUGGAGCUGCUCAAUGCCUAUCAGAGCAAGAUCAAGAUGCAGACCGAAGCUCAGCACGAGCGCGAGCAGCAGAAGCUGGAGCAGAAGGUGUCGCUGCGCCGAGCUCACCUGGAACAAAAGAUUGAAGAGGAGCUGCUUUCCCUUCAGAAGGAGCGAACCGACCGGAUCAAACACCUGCUGGAGCGCCAGGAGCGGGAGAUCGACAGCUUCGACAUGGAGAGCAUGCGGCUGGGCUUCGGCAACCUGGGAGCGCUGGGCCCGUUGGACUUUCCCAAGGACGACUACAGAUGAGGGGCCGCCGCCCUGCUGCCGCCUGCUCUCGUGGUCCCCAGGCGCCCGACUGCCUCAGAACACUCAGAACUCUCCUCUCUCCCGUUACCUGACCUGACAGUGCAGGCGUUCACUGCUGCUGACACCCUCACACAAACGCAGAAAAUCGGCUCCAGAUGGUUUCUGGGGCCGCUCAGAUCAGAGCUGAUAACAGUUUAAGGUGCCCCCCCAAACCCACCUCCUCCUCCUCCUCCUCGCGCGUCUCGUGGUGUCACAAGGUGAUAAAAAAAUGCUGGAUAACUUCCUGUAGUUGUCUUUUUUUUGUACGAAUAAUGAUAACGUAGUCACAGUGUUUUCUGUUUCUUGUGCAAUGACGGCACUUUUGGUGCAACUAAAAGUGGAAAUGAGAGAAGGAGGGAGAGAAAACUGAGGAGCAGAGUCUACAACCGUGCAUUUUUAGAGCUCGUUCUGUUUUUUAAGUUUGUUUUUCAGUCUCAAGUCAAGCGAUCCUUCCGCAGCCGCUCCUCUGCACUGCUUCUCUGAAAUGCUUCUGGUGUUUAUUCAUCAGGGCAUUUUAUGGAAAAUUUGAAUAAUUUGAUACUGAGAGAAAAAUGUUAUGAUGUACAUACAGGUACACUUACAGUAUAAUAAAUGUGACUUAUUGGAGUAAAUUUACUGAUGGAAGGGUGAUUCAUGGUACUCGAUGUGUAUCGUACUGAUUUCUCUGCACUGGCAGCCAAUGUGAAUAAUAAUAAUAAUACAUGUGACACGUGAAUUCCCAGCUAGCACAAAGGGCUUCAUGGGGGGCGGGGGGACUUGUAUUUUGUGUAUAGAUGGAUUUAUGGAGAGCUUUUACUUAUUUUCGUAUUGUAUUUUAACCGUCACUCAAAUCAAAAAAAUAAUUUUUAAAGCGCUUUUUUUCCUUCCCCUCCUCAAAUCAUAUCGGAGGCCCAGAGGGCUAUCAAUGGAAUUCUCAUUACUUAUUUUUUUUUUUUUUUUGCUUUACACAACUUUCAAACUGUGUAAUUUCUUAUAAACCAGACCAGUAUGAUGCUUUAUUGUUGCAUGCACUUUAAUUUUUCCAGGUUAAAAGAAAGCAUGAAUCUGUCAGAGCUUUUAAUUAUAUUUGUAAAUAAAGUGCUCAUCACACAACCUAA